AUGGACAUUCGCCGGAGGCCUCCCUUACCCUCUCAGUCUCAAUACAAUCAAAAGCUUAAGCCUGCUACUUCUUCGCCUUCCGCCGCCUCCUCCGAUCAAGAGGCCGUCGAUCAGCGGUCUCCUAAAGCCUCCGACGCCCUCCCCCUUCCGUUAUACCUAACUAACUGCAUUUUCUUCACGCUUUUCUUCUCCGUCGCAUAUUUUCUUCUCCACCGGUGGCGCGAAAAGAUCCGUACAUCUAUUCCGCUUCACGUUGUUACACUCUCCGAGCUUGCCGCCAUUGUUACUCUAAUAGCGUCAUUCAUUUACCUUUUAGGUUUCUUUGGAAUUGACUUUGUUCAAUCCAUCAUUUCGCGAAAUUCGGCUUGGGAUCUUGAAAACGACGACGAACAGCGUUUCAUUGUGAACGAAGAUCGAAAUAUUCGUUGUCCCGUGCCGUCCUCUGUUUCUGCUAAACCUAGAUUAAUGGACCUUCCCACUACACCCUUGGUCUCCCAAGACGAUGAAGAGCUCGUUAAAUCUGUUGUUUCGGGGAAAGUUCCUUCUUAUUACUUGGAAUCAAAGCUCGGAGAUUGCUUUAGAGCGGCUAAAAUCCGGCGCGACGCGGUCCAGAGGCUGGUGGGUAGAUCUCUAGAAGGAUUGCCGUUAGAAGGGUUCGAUUAUGAUUCAAUUUUGGGGCAGUGCUGCGAGAUGCCAGUGGGAUACGUGCAGAUUCCGGUAGGAAUUGCGGGGCCGCUUUUGCUCAAUGGCUGCGAGUACUCAGUGCCAAUGGCCACCACGGAAGGCUGCUUGGUUGCGAGCACCAACAGGGGAUGCAAAGCCAUCUAUGCAUCUGGAGGUGCCACGUGUGUGCUUCUCCGAGAUGCCAUGACCAGAGCUCCAGUGGUGAGGUUCGCCUCCGCGAAAAGGGCAACAGAAUUGAAGUUCUUCAUGGAGGACCCUCUUAAUUUUGAUACGUUAUCUGUUGUUUUCAACAAGUCAAGUAGAUUUGCUAGACUUCAAGCUAUCAAAUGUGCUAUUGCGGGUAAAAAUCUUUACAUUAGAUUUAGCUGCAGCACUGGUGAUGCCAUGGGGAUGAACAUGGUUUCUAAAGGUGUUCAGAAUGUACUGGACUUCCUUCAAAAUGAUUUUCAUGAUAUGGAUAUUAUUGGUAUUUCUGGGAAUUUCUGUUCUGAUAAGAAACCAGCUGCUGUCAAUUGGAUUGAAGGGCGUGGAAAGUCAGUUGUCUGUGAAGCUAUCAUUUCUCGAGAUGUGGUGACAAAUGUAUUGAAAACCACGGUUCCUGCUCUCGUUGAGCUCAACAUGCUCAAGAACCUUACUGGCUCUGCUGUUGCUGGCGCUCUUGGUGGCUUUAAUGCUCAUGCUGCCAAUAUUGUCUCAGCUAUAUACAUAGCCACUGGGCAGGAUCCAGCACAAAAUAUAGAAAGUUCUCACUGCAUCACGAUGAUGGAGGCUGUCAACAAUGGUGACGAUCUUCAUAUAUCUGUCACCAUGCCUUCCAUUGAGGUUGGCACUGUUGGAGGUGGAACCCAAUUAGCAUCACAAUCUGCUUGCCUCAACUUGCUUGGCGUGAAAGGUGCGAACAAAGAAUCCCCAGGGUCGAAUUCCCAGCUCCUGGCCACCGUAGUUGCUGGUUCUGUCUUGGCAGGGGAACUUUCUUUGAUGUCUGCCAUUGCAGCUGGACAACUUGUCAAAAGUCACAUGCAAUACAACAGAUCAAGCAGGGAUAUGACGAAAAUUGGUUCCUAG